GCCGGCCCGUUUGUUGGACUGGUUUCCUACGCGCAAACAAAACUUUCCUGCCAUCCUGCGCAAGAUUGGCCUCCUCUGUGCUUUGACCACCACGAAAUAUUGGAAUCUCAGACUUUUAGUUUCUUCUUUCUGUUGGGGAAAAAAAAAAGAUAAAAGGAUGUACAGCUUCAUGGGAGGUGGGUUGUUCUGUGCCGGAAUUGGGAACAUACUCCUCAUUGUCUCCACGGCAACUGACUACUGGAUGCAGUAUCGUCACUCCAGCAAUUACAUGCACCAGGGCCUGUGGCGGUACUGUCUGCCGGGGAAAUGCAUGACACACACAGACAGCAUCGCGUACUGGGAUGCCACCCGGGCCUUCAUGAUUCUUUCCCUGCUGGCUUGUUUCUUUGGCAUCGUGAUCGGCGUCAUGGCCUUCAUCCACUACUCAUCCUUUGACGGGUUUGACAAGACAUUUGCAGCCGGCAUCCUCUUCUUCAUCUCAUGCUUCUUUGUGUUGCUGGCCAUGGCUGUGUACACAGGAGUGACAGUGAACUACUACGGUAAACGCUAUGGCAGCUGGCGAUUCUCCUGGUCCUAUAUAAUGGGCUGGGUGGCAGUGGUGCUCACAUUCUUCUCAGGUAUCUUCUACAUGUGUGCCUACCGGAUGCACGAAUGCCCAAGGAACUCUAACUCGCGCUGACCUGCAGAACACUCAGAACACGAAAGAGGAUCCAACACCCCCAUGAACGACUUCCUGUUAACCUAAACAUUCAUGAAUCAGCAAAAUAAAUGAACGAAACAUC